AGAAGAAUGCGGUGGGUAUGACUGGUGGUUCGCCUUCCUCUUGGAUUCACUACAAGGAGUUGGAAGAAAUACUCAGUGGCAAUAAGGCAGUAAAUUUCAAAGAACUCAUGCAAGAGAGUAUAGAUGUGGAACCAGAAGACAACAUUAGUUGCGCUGCUAUCUACCCUUCGACGAGCAGCCAAUCCCAAUUCAUUUCAAGCGAUGAGCUUGCAGGACUUUCAACGACUCCGGAGUCUGCAAAAAGAAGAAAAUUAACCCAUGAGCGCUUAGUAGAGAAUUUGGAAAAAACUUCAGAUAUGUAUGAGAAAGAAAUGGAGUCCAUGAGAGGGGUGCAAGAAAGAAUGGUGGAACUAACCGAAAAAGCGGUUCUUUCGGAAGAGAAAAGGAAUGAUAUUUUAAAAGAAAUGAAACAAACUUACAAAAUGAAUUCGCAAUCGCUCUUCUAA